AUGUCUUCUCUACCGUCCAAUGUCCACGUAGCUCAACAUCCCUGCCUGCGGGCAAAGGUAUCGCAAUUGCGAUCGCAAGAGACCGGAGCCCGUGAUGCUAAACGUCUGAUCCAUGACAUCUCGACCAUGCUGGGCUAUGAAGCUCUCGGUUCCGCCCUGAAGUCUACACAGCAAGGCACAGUAUGA